AUGACAAUGAAGCUGCAUGUACGACCACAUAUCGCUGGGCGUACUGUUGGGCCUCUGGACAAGCGUAAAAUCACAACACGCUGUCAGCCUUGUGCGAACCGACGGGUCAAGUGUGAUGGAGGUCAUCCCUGUGAGAGAUGCGUCCGAACCAGCAAAGUUUGUAUGCCGCAGCGGCUAGAGCAGACACAAGUUCAAUUCGUCCAUGUCUCGGGUCAGGUGUUCUCUUCGACAAUUCCUCUGCAAGUGGGGAAGCACGAUGAUACCAUCUAUCUAGAUAAUUUCGCAUCCUUUCUUCGACAAUGCCACUUCAGCAAAGGUUUUACUGCUACAAUCGCAGAUUUAGCCACUAUCAUUGGCAAAUAUCCUCUACUUCGGCAUAUUGCUAUCGCAAUCGGAGCUUUGGAUGCCAGUAGAAAGGGCGCUACCAGAUCAUUUAAAAAACUUGAUUCUCCUCAGCAAAUUGCAUUCCGGGCAUACGGCAGAUCAAUAAAAGAUCUAUAUACUGCAAUUUCGACCGCAGGUUUAGUCUUCAAAGAUGACGUGUUUUGGAGCUCAUUUCUCCAUGGUCUAUUUGAGCUGAUGGCUGAAAGUUCCGGCAAUUCAUUCGCGAAUCACAUGGUUUCUGGCACAUCGAAGGUGCUAGUACUGCUAAACCCUAGUCAUCCGCUUCCUUUGAUCUCAAAGAGCUUGGUUGAUGCGUUUUGGAUUCUCGAAACCAACAGAGCCAUCCUUUUUGGUGACAAUAUUAUUCUUCCAAACGAGUUGCAGUGGAAUUUGAUGCGAGAAAGUUGGCCGGAUCCCAUGAAAAAGAUCAUCAUGCUUAUGAUGCAAACUUCCACGUUUGCUAAGAGGCUAUUCGAAACAAUUGAGAGCAUUUCCAAGGAGAUGAGAUCUUUUGAUCCCAGAUUGGACACUCUUGCUCUGGAAGGGCUCUAUAUUAAAGAAACAAUUCUCAACUGGCAAGAAGAAUGCCACUCAGAAACCUCGGUGGAUUCUUUCACCAAAUUGGCUGCUAUCGUUCAUCACGCUCUUCUUUUAUAUCACUGCAACAAUUUUACCUACUAUUCAUGUUGGAUGACGCGGAUGAUUCCUCAGCUAAAUCACAGCGAAGUCGACCAACAUGUCGCUGAAAUUCUGGGUCUGUCUCAGGGUCUUCUCAAUGAUACAUGUAUACCGGCGGUUCUCUUAUUAUUUCCUCUCCGAAUGGCUGGAGUCCAUGUCAUUGAGAGUCAUGACCAGGGGACAGUUUUGGAAAUUCUUCGCAAGACACGGCAAAAAGGCUUUGUGGUCUCAGACAGAAUCGAAGCCGAUCUACAAGAGUUCUGGCACUACAAAUUGGGGAAACCAACCCAAAUCAAUGAACCUUGCCUUUAA